CAGAAGGGGAAAGACACAGAUAAAGUGCAGUGAAGACAGAGGACUUGCCUGAGAAAAGAGGCAGAAGAUAGGCUACAAACUGAGGAGGGAGCAGAGUCCAAAGUUUGACAUCUAGAUACAAGGUGUGUGUGGACAGGAGGUGAGGGGACGAGUGUGUUUGCAGAAAGAGAUCGGGAUGAAGCGACACCAUGAUAAGUUAUCUAUCUCUUUGAUGAUCACUCUCCUCUGUUUGGGGGGCCUGCUGACCACUGCCUUCUGGAUCAUUUCGGACAACAGCCAUCUUGUACCAGGUAGACCACCUUCACCCAAGAAAAUCCCCCCUUGGCCCUCUGACCUUUGCAAAGGAUGCAGGGCGCUCAUUGAAAAGGUAAGAGAACGCUACUCAAAAACUUGGAAGAAGCAAGAAGAUAAUUACAGAAACCUCAGCUCUCAACUGAGAAGUCAGUGCCAGGGAUUUGACAGGGCCAUCAUUACCCAGGCCAACACUCCAGUGGGAUCAAAUAUUGUGUACGCUGCGGAAAAGAAGAAGAAGACCCUCAAGGUGACUCCAGAGAUUUUCAGCACCUUCAUAAAGGAGAAUCCAUUUCCAAAGAAAAAAUGGGACACGUGUGCUGUUGUUGGGAACUCAGGGAUUCUGACAAACAGCAGCUGUGGAGAGAUGAUCGAUUCGGCUCAGUUUGUUAUCAGAUGCAACCUACCUUCUUUGGGAAAAGGCUAUGAGAAACAUGUGGGCACCAAGACUGACCUUGUGACAGCCAACCCAAGCAUUAUGCUGAAGGAGUUUGGAGAUCUAAUGGGGCCACGCCGUCCAUUUGUGGAGAGUCUACAUAGCUACGGCAAAUCCAUGAUGGUUCUUUCCCCGUUCACCUAUGCACACACCACUCCGGUGUGCCUGAGGGCAGUAUACAGCAUUAGGGACUUUGAAAGUCCCAUUCAGCCCAUGUUCUUCAACCCUGAUUACUUCCAGAGUCUGGCCCUCUUCUGGCGCUCCAGAGGCCUAACCAGAGGCCUACUCAGCACCGGCUUAGUGAUGGUUAACAUAGCGCUGGAACACUGUGCCAACGUGCAUCUGUACGGUUUCUGGCCCUUCAGUAAUCAUCCAUUUGAACUCAAUGCCGUGAAAAACCACUAUUACGAUGAUAAAAAAGGUAAAUGGACUGUCCACUCCAUGCCUGCUGAGUUUGACCUGUUGUUGCAGCUGCACAGUCAAGGUGUGCUCAGGCUUCACCUGGGGAACUGUCGACCGGGUAGAAAUGAGUUCUCAGGUCCAGAGACAGAUGAGACUGGGCAUCUGAAGAAUCGGGACAUUUCCUGGAGGGCUAUACCAGAAGGUGCAUAGGAUAUAUUGUCACUUACACCAAUUAAUACAUUUGAUAAAUAAUUAGGAUCUCAACUUUGAUAAAUAGUCAUUAGUAUUGUCAUUUUGGCCAUAAUAAUAGUCAUAAUCAUCUUUUACUUUUUCCAGCAAAAUUGCAAGGAAAUGGUUAUUCAAAAUAUAACUUUCAGUCAUGGAAAGGUUUCGAUAUUUGAAAAGAUGUGUGUUUACUGACACAUUGUGAGAUGUAAAGGAAUUUCAGUUAGAUACAAAUACAUAAAUAUGUAAUAUUCACUCUGAAAUGUUGUGAUGGAAUAGUAUAAAGUUGCAUGAAAUGGAAAUACUCAAGUUCAUCAAAAUUGUACUUAAAGGUGGGGUAGGUAAUUCAUUUCAGAAACACUUUUUGUUAUAUUCCAUGGAAUGCUCUUAACAUCCCGAUAGCAAUGAA